AUGGCAGCUACCAGAUCGACAGAUGUCAUCGCAUCAGAUUCUACCAAACAGUUACCCGGAUACACUGUUACUGAUGUCCCAUCAAACUGGAACCUACCCAGGGAUAGACAUUCACGUGUGAUCGAGGUUGCAGAUACAUUCGUUGGACCGAGUGAUACAGCGGGUGAGUGCUUCCUCCAUUUGAAAUAUCUUCGUUGUGCGAAUUAUAUACUCUAUCAUUGCUAUAAGCCAUCUAUUAUUGUCCAUUAA